AUGCCACAAAAAUCUGAAAAGACACUAAUCUUCCAGGCAUCUGAUGACGCCUUGAAGAUUCAUCGCCCAAAUCCUUUGGCAGAAGAUUCCCUUAAAACAUUGCCAAAAUACUGUAACUCAAAGGAGUACAUUGCUUUGCACACUAGGAUGAAACAAAAAAGUCAAAAGAAUGCAAGGAAUAUGAUUGGGAAGCAUCUUGCUUUGGGUGGACGUGAGCUUGAGGAAGCUUCUGGGAAACCUUUCAGUUUGAAGAACUUGGCCAAGACUCUUGAUGAGAAAUUCCCAAUAUUCCUGAGCUAUGACAACAGAGCCCAAGUGGAAAUGUUAUAUGAAUACUACCUGAAAUUCCUCAAGCAAUAUCAACUCAUUUCAGAUGAGAAAAAUGUUGCUAGGAAAAGUUGGAUGUCUAAGUUACAAACUGAAAUACUUGCUGAUCAUGAGGAAACCAAGGCUGAAAUAUCAAAAUGCUUGAAAGAGCUACAACAACCAAACAUUAAACAAAAAUUUAAAAAAGAAUAUGAUCAAAUAGUUAACAAUAUCUUUAACUCCAUGGAAGGGAAACUCACAAAGGAAGAUAUUGAAAAACCCUUCCAAAGUGCUUUUGAAGAAGGAAAUUCCAAAAAUCUAAUCAACUUGGAUAAACUUGUCAAUGCUCGAGAAGUUCAGUUGAAGAAAAGAUUCCCUACAGACCCAAGAGUCUUGGACUUGGAGCAUGUAUUUCAAAAUCUGCCUACAGAUAUGGACAUUAAGGAGUUGGUGUUCCGUUAUGUCAUGAUAGAAGGAUUUGAAAACCUUGUGAAAGGUAUACAUCCAGACCUAAACAAAAUUCUAAAUACUCAAGCUCAAACUGGAAUAAACAUUGUUCUCAGAAAAGAUGCAUCUGUUUUCAAGAAUGCUGCUAGAGAAGAUGAUGAAUGGCUUGAAAAUUCUUUUAUGAAAUUCUAUGGAACUACUGUGGGCCCAAAAGAAGUUUUUGACAGGUUGAAGGGAUUACCACAAGAAGAAGAGAUAAUAAGGAAAUCUGAAGAUCCUGACAAAAAUCAAAAAAUAGAGGCAUUAGGAGAUCUUAGAAUUGAAGCUCAAAAAUAUUACAAGUUUAAUCUACCACUUGUCAAAGAGCUAAAUGAUAAAGGAAUUUUAGAUGAAGGAUUCAUUCUUUCAGCUGAAGGAACAAGAGCAUACAUGGACUUGGUGUUUUUGAAACAUCCAUUCAGGAAUACACCAGUUUCAUCUGUAAUUGGCAAACAAAUUGCAGAAACAUUGGACCUCAAACUUCAAAAAAUUGAAAACUUGCUAUAUCAACAUUUUCCAAACCUGGGAAAAUAUUUUGAAGAGCUCUUGAAGACUAAAGGAUAUUUUUCAAUUCCAAAUACACCUCCUCAAGCAAAGGUCCCCAGGUAUAUCAAUGCUACACCUCUGGUGGAAGCUUUGUCAGCAAAGAGACCUCUACUGGCAUCAUUUGCCUCAUCAUGA